AUGGAUACGCCAUCGGUCCCUCUCAACUUCGUCCCCGCAGAGACGGGUGAGACCUUCAAAGUGGGCACCAUCCAGAUCCGUAUCAUGGAGGACGGCUCGAGAACAGACAACCGCAUUGGCAGCGCUGAGUUCACUGUUCCGCCCCACACCUCUGGAAAUAGAGACAGCUCAAGAGCCGCGGCGGAGGAUUCUCACUCAGGCUCUCCGUCAUUCACAUCUCAUGCUCUCUCACGACCCAAACCUUUGCACAACCCUUAUCCAGAAUUCGCUGACACAGCCCCGCGACCAACCAAACAGCACGAUGAGACCUUCCUCAUAACGCAAGGUACACUGCGCUUCCAUGGCCUGGACGGCAAGACCAUCGACGCCAAACUGGGAGACUACAUCACCGUCCCACCGCGGUCGCCACACACCUUCUCGAACCCGUACGACGAGCCGGCCAAGUUCUUCAACACCUAUACACCGGCCUUCUACAUCAACUACUUCAAGCUGUUGUCGACCCUCGGCGAGGCCGGGAAGCCUAUGAACCCCGAGGCGAAUCGCCGCGCUAUGGCUUACUUUGCCACGAUCGGCGUCGCGGACGACGAGAUGCACAUGGACAAGCAGCAAUUCUAUGGCAAUGGCAAUUCCGAGGCCGAGAAGAAUGGGAAGCAGUGA